CCAUGUUAGCAGUAGAUGAACACAUUUAACUAUUUUAUCCAUCAUUCUAAGUUUCUUGGCAGUACUGAAGUGGAGCAGCCCAAAGGCACAGAAGUCGUGAGAGAUGCUGUUAGAAAGCUUAAGUUUGCACGACAUAUUAAGAAGUCCGAAGGUCAAAAAACACCAAAGGUUGAACUACAAAUCUCAAUAUAUGGAGUAAAAAUUUUAGACCCCAAAACAAAGGAAGUGCAGCAUAACUGCCAGCUCCAUAGGAUAUCAUUUUGUGCUGAUGACAAAACCGACAAAAGGAUAUUCACUUUCAUAUGCAAAGAUUCUGAAUCAAAUAAACACUUGUGCUAUGUCUUUGACAGUGAAAAGUGUGCAGAAGAAAUAACUUUAACUAUUGGUCAAGCAUUUGACCUGGCUUACAGGAAAUUUCUGGAAUCUGGAGGAAAAGAUGUUGAAACAAGAAAACAGAUUGCAGGUUUACAGAAAAGAAUUAAUGAAUUAGAAACAGAAAAUAUGGAGCUGAAAAAUAAGGUACAAGACUUGGAGAACCAGUUAAGAAUGGCCCACGUACACACAUCACCACUGCUGCACAUACAGUCUGAUUAUGAAUGCCACAUGUUUCAAAGACCCUCCACCUUUUUCUGGUGUGACAGUGAGGAUUCUGCUCCUUGUUUAGAUAUCUCUUCCAUUACACUCACACCUAUGAGCUCUCCUGACUCCAGACAGUCAUCUGGACUAUUGACACCACCACCUUCCAAAAGUGGUCUUCCAAAGCCAGUCCAUGAACACAGCAUCCCAAGACCUCGUGCAGGCAGUGUGACACCUAAAUCACCCUCCACUGACAUCUUUGAUAUGGUUCCCUUUUCUCCCAUAUCCCCUCAGUCAUCAACACCUACUCGCAAUGGCACACAGCCUCCACCAGUGCCAAGUAGAUCUGCAGAGAUCAAGAGAGACCUCUUUGGAGCAGAACCUUUUGACCCUUUUAGCUGCGGAGCAGGAGAUUUCCCUCCCGACAUACAGUCCAAAUUAGAUGAGAUGCAGGAGGGGUUCAAAAUGGGACUGACGCUCGAAGGCACAGUCUUCUGUCUCGACCCGCUAGACAGCAGGUGCUGAUGUCAAGCAUCGAAUUUUUGAAAGAUACGAUCUUUUUUUUAAGAAAAGUUUUAAAAAUAUAUUACAAAUACUCUUAAUGUGCCAAAAAUGUUUUCCAACAUGUUAAUUUCUGUGAAGUUUGCUUCUGUAAAACUCCGGAGAGUUUCCAGUAUUAUCCCUGUACAAAUGUAAAAAAAAAAAAAUCACAGAUGUAUAUGAAAUGGACAUGAAACCACUCAGCUGCUUUUCCUUCCCUUCCCUUUCCACUUUUUGAAAGUUGUCACAUGUAUCUUAAGGCAACUCACCAUGUAUUGUGGGAAGUUCUUUAAAUCAUCCAUGAACAGCACAUUGUGUUGGUAGGCAGUAUCCUAUGAACUUGGAUUGCCAAUGACCACACUUUUUUAAACAAAACAAAUGAAACCACCCCAACUCAUUUUUUAACUCCAGAUCUGUACCGCACGUCAGUAUUUGUACAGACAAAAAUCAUAAGAGCUACAGAAAAUCACCAUGCAUAGCACACAUGGAUUGCAUUUGCCUCGAAACAGAUUCCUGCUCUUAGACAAGAUCCAAUAGGCAAUGUCCCCAUUCAUAGUGCUUGCUGUGAAUGGUUUUUGAGCAUGCUCAGGACUCCUAGACAUAAAAGUGACAGAUGAAGACAACCUUGGGAAUGUUUGUGCACUUCCAAAUCAAUGAGAUUGUUGUGGGCAGUUGCUCUGUUGACCAGAGCUCUAUUGAUCACAAAUGGCUGGCACCCCAUAUGAGGCUCCUUUCAAUACCCCAGAAGCAGACCAGAGGGGGCACUUUGCCUUUGAGGUCUGCUCCAUAGGCUCUGCCACCACAGCACUAACCUGGGCUACUAAUUGGGAACUGGGAAAAUUCCUUGGGGCUGGAAAGCCACACAGACUUCUGGGUCGCCGACUGUGCCUGAAGGAAAGUAUCUGAACCACUCUGAUCCCCAGGCAGGGUCACAGAUAUGGUUGCAGCUGAGCAGGGGCCUUGACCAGAGAUUCUAAGACUGGGUUGCUUUCAAUUUCCAAUAGUAAUUAAUACCAGAAUGCCAUCUGAUCUUCUGUUUGUUUGUUGAUUUUUUAAAAAAUAUCAGAAAUUUUAAAGAUCGCUGAAAAGAUAUCUUGUAGGUAAGCUCAUUUAAAAACUCCGAAAGGUGUUUCUGAUUCUGAAAUCAUGACCCAGCUACAACAUCAUUUUUCAGUGGCAUUCAUAUGGCGAUUACUUCUCCGUAGUCCUACACUUAACAUGCAAGCAUUGUCCAUGCUGAAAAUCAUAUUUAUGAUGGGGAUUUGUCCCCAGCACAGAAGACUUCUGGAAGACUUCUCAGUUUCAGAAAAAGGUUAGCUAAUACUGUGCUUAGAGUGCUGAUGCUUGUUAGACUGCUGGGUGCCGUGGGGAAAUAUUCAGAUGGCUGAGAAGGUACCCGCUCUAUAUACUUGCCACUUAGACUGAGCCUUCUAAGUUAAUUUGAGAUUCCCCCCCCCACCACGGAAUCCUGACACAAUUUACUUGGAGUAUGAUAAAUGAAUACAUCAUCUCAUUCUGCAUCCUAAGGCAAAGUGUACAGAUGAAUAAUUUGAGAACAUUUAAUGAGGGAAGGACUAGGGCCAUAAUAACAGUAUGGAGAGGUGAGCCUGGUGUAAUUUGCGGCAGAGGGGAGCCCGUUGCUGGGCAUUGGUGAAUUGCUGCCCACAUCUCUGCGCAUUGCUUGCACUAGUCUUCAGAGCUAGCAAUAUAUGAACAAUUUGUUUCUGCGCUCCUUUUGUUCGCCAAACACCUUGCUUCUCCAUGUCUCCGUUUCUCCCAUAAUUUUUCUCAACGGCUGUCCGAAAAAUACCACAUUUUACUUUUUUGGGAGAUUUUUCUCUUUAAGGACUUUUUCACUGGGGAAAACAGAAAAACCUAAAGGAGUGGUAGAAAUGAGAGAGGGGGGGAAAGAAAGAAAGAGAUUAUUUUGGUAGUUUUAUCUUUUAGAAGCAGGGGAAAAGAACUAGUUUUCUGAUACUUGGUUUGGAAAAUACAGUUUUAGACCUUAUAUUUCAAAGUUUACACAAAAAAUAGAAUGCAUUUAUGCAAUACUAUUACCUUUUAAAGCUUAGUUCUAGCCUUGAAAGUUUCCUUAAGCAGAUGCCCGGGAUGGUCCGGAAUUCUUCACUUGCUUAAAAUUGGGCACCUGCUUAGGUAUGUGGCUCCACUGAGUCUUAUUGUUUUGCAUUGUCUUAAGUCUUCCUUCUAUGUUUUUUGGGGGGGGGGCAUCUGCACGUAUAUCUCUUAUUUGUGGCCAGAAUCCAAAGAGAACCGUAUGCAUGGGGAAAGUGUUUCAUGGCUGCAGACCCACCCUCACUUCAUGUUGAAUGCCAUUCUGGAGGGUCCCCCUGAGUUUCAGGAGGGGCCUGGGAAGAAGGAGGAGGAGAUAAGUGCUUGUCAUAAAAGGGGGUGGACUUGAAAAGGAUGAGUGAGGAUGCAAGCCCCGCCCCCCCCGGAGAGGCCCUUUGGAGGCUGGCCUGUGUGUGCCUGUCAGUAUGGAUGCAUAUGAGAUCACAAAGGAGUAUAAAGUAGACUGCAUUUCAUAGAAAGAAGGCUAUUGUUUUGUUUGUCAUAUCGUAUUUUGCAAUUUGUACAACAAAGGAUGUUUAGUAGCCAUAUGAAUGGCUUUUUUAAACAAAUAGAAUUUGUAUUUUUAUCGUACUUUAAAGAAAGCUUUAUGUAAUAAGCAUAUAUCCAGGGGCCAUUUACUAUGAAUGGUUAAAAAAAAAA